AUGCCUACACACAGUAACCCAAUCUUGCCUGGAUUCAAUCCUGACCCCAGUCUCGUUAGAGUCGGUGAAGACUAUUACUUGACGACAUCGACGUUCGAGUACCACCCUGGACUGCCCGUCUAUCAUGCCAGGGAUCUCGUGAAUUGGACGCUGAUCGGACAUGCCUUGACAAGACCAUCGCAGUUGAACCUCAGGACUGGCGAGCCAGGCUCUGGCAUAUGGGCUCCAACCCUGAGGUACCGCGAAGGAGUGUUCUACAUAGCUUCCUGUCUUUGGACUGCCUACUCUCCUCAGACGAAUGUACGAGUUUGGCCCAGGGGCUUCUACGUCUCGACCACAAAUCCUUGGAUAGCCGACAGCUGGUCUGAUCCAGUGUACUUCGAUCAACCAGGCUUUGACCAGGACCUUUUCUGGGAUGACGAUGGCAGUGUCUACCUCUCAACCUGCUAUAGAGCGAUAGAUCAUGAUGCUAGCAGCGGACUCAAGGGGUUCGCAGUGCAUGUAUCAAGGAUCGAUCUGAUCACAGGGGCAUCUCUCGAUUCUCCUAGACUGAUCAGACGUUCGCCAUCAGGCGUCGCGGAAGGAUCUCACAUCAUCAAGAGGGGUCGAUACUACUACCUCUUUGUUGCAGAAGGCGGAACAGAGAGUGGCCAUAUGGAGCUGGUGUUUCGUAGCGAGACUGGGCCCUAUGGCCCCUGGCUCCCUGCGCCGAACAAUCCAUUGAUCAGCGCCACCAUCCAAGAUGACGUCCAGAACACCGGGCAUGCUGAUCUCGUCGAGGGACCCAAAGGAGAAUGGAAGGCUGUUUGCCUCGCCGUUCGACCGUCCCGUCAGGGAACAUCCAAUGAUGGCAAGGACAGUUUUCUGCCUUCGCCUUUCGGACGGGAAACGUUCCUAAUGGAUGUGAACUGGGAGAAUGAUUGGCCAAUCUUCAACCGGGGACACAAAGUCCAACUCACCUUCGAGGCCGAUACUGAACCAGUCCCAUCGACUCCCAUAUGGCGGGACGACUUUGCCAGAAGCAACAGCCUUGCACUCGGAUGGUAUCAUAAGAACACGCCGCUGAAGCGAGAGUAUUCAUUGAAAGAACGUGAGCAUUAUCUACGGCUCUGGGGAGGCCCCUACAACCUCCAAUCACUAGAAAGUCCCACAAUGGUCCUUCGCAAGCAGACCAUCGCACGAGGGACAUGGAAAACGACCCUGGACUUCCAAGCCCGAUACAGCCACUGUGAAGCCGGCACCGUCGUCUACUGGAAUCCGUACACCUUCAGCAGCAUCGGCAUCUGUAAAGGACCAAACGCAGAGAGCAGAAUGAUCCGCUGUAAAACGCCAAUUUCACCAGGAAAAUUCACCAUCACCUAUCGUCCACUGGAUCACAUGAGCCCCAUCAAGCUGGCGAUCAGGUUCACGGAAACCGGCUACACUCUGGGAUACGCAGAGCUCGACGAAGAAUACCAAUGGUUCGGGCACAUAGGCAUGGAAUCCAUGACAGUAGACCCCCCAAGGGGCAUGGCAUUCACGGGCAUGAUGUUCGGACUGUAUGCCUACGGAGAGCUACAGAGAUGUCUGGAGCCUGCAGAUUUCGCAUAUGCUUCGUUGACGAGCAGUUAA